AUGCUGAUAUGUAAAACACAAUGGCUAAAAUCAACACCCAGAACUCCUACCCUGCAAUGCACAGGGUGUCCGUUAGGACCACUGAUGAAGACAUUGAAAGAAUUGAAAAUGGCUUUAGCAGGACCAAUUCACUGUGUGAGGACACUUCUUCAGAACUGCAGAGAGUCAUUUCCAUGGAGACAAGAGGCUUGUCUGAAUCCCGCAGGAGUUCGUUCACAGGCACUGGAGCAAUGGCUAGGUUAUCCCGUUUCAUCUUAUCUAUGAGAUCAUGGGCAAGAGGACAUUUGCACGAUGAAGACCAAAGGCCAGAUUCUUUCCUUGAUCGUAUCCGAGGGCCAGAUCUCAAAGAGGCACCCAAUAGGGAAAGUAACACUCAUUCCAAUUUGAGCAACUAUGAGCAGCCAGGCAAAGUGAAAAGUCACUGGUCCCUGGCCAGAUUUAAUGUCAACAACAGCAACAACAACGAAGACAAGAACAAAGAAAAGAAAGAGGUUAAGGAGGAGAAAAAAGAAGAAAAAAAGGAGGAAAAGAAAGAGGAGAAAAAAGACGACAAAAAAGAUGAUAAAAAAAAAGAGGAGAAGAAAAAGGAGAUCUUUGUGGUUGAUCCUUCAAGCAACCUAUACUAUAGGUGGCUGACCAUAAUCGCGACCCCAGUAUUCUAUAAUUGGUGUCUGCUAGUGUGCAGAGCCUGUUUUGAUGAGCUACAAAGUAAUCAUAUUAUACUAUGGGUGGUCUUGGACUACUGCUCAGAUAUCAUCUAUGUACUGGACAUAUUCGUCAGAUUCAGGACAGGCUUUCUUGAACAAGGCUUACUAGUUCAAGAUGAAAAGAAAUUAAGAAAACAUUACACUACUACUGUACAGUUCAGAUUGGAUGUGCUCUCUCUUUUACCAACAGACCUGGCAUAUUUAAAACUUGGGCUGAACUACCCUGAACUACGUUUUAAUCGCUUGCUGAGGUUUGCCAGGCUAUUUGAGUUUUUUGAUCGCACAGAAACCAGGACAAACUAUCCAAAUAUGUUUCGGAUUGGAAAUCUUGUCUUGUACAUUCUCAUAAUCAUCCACUGGAAUGCAUGCAUAUAUUAUGCAAUUUCAAAGCUUAUUGGGUUUGGGACUGACUCCUGGGUUUAUCCCAAUGUGACCCACCCAGAAUAUGGACGUCUGUCCAGAAAGUAUAUUUACUGUUUGUAUUGGUCAACACUGACACUGACGACAAUUGGAGAAACCCCACCUCCGGUGAAAGAUGAAGAGUAUCUCUUUGUGGUCAUUGACUUCUUGGUGGGUGUGCUGAUCUUUGCUACCAUUGUUGGUAAUGUAGGCUCUAUGAUUUCCAACAUGAAUGCUUCCAGGGCAGAGUUCCAGGCCAAAGUUGAUUCCAUAAAACAGUAUAUGCAUUUCCGAAAGGUGACAAAGGAUUUGGAGGCCAGGGUCAUUAAGUGGUUUGAUUACCUCUGGACCAAUAAGAAAACAGUAGAUGAGAAGGAAGUUCUUAAAAACCUGCCUGAUAAACUUAAGGCUGAAAUUGCUAUCAACGUCCAUCUGGAUACGCUAAAGAAAGUGCGCAUCUUCCAGGAUUGUGAAGCUGGACUUCUUAUUGAGCUAGUGCUGAAGCUGAGACCUACAGUCUUUAGUCCUGGAGAUUACAUCUGCAAAAAGGGGGAUAUUGGGAGGGAAAUGUAUAUCAUUAAGGAGGGGAAGUUGGCUGUGGUGGCAGAUGAUGGCAUAACACAGUUUGUUGUCCUAAGCGAUGGCAGCUACUUUGGUGAAAUCAGUAUUUUAAACAUCAAGGGUAGCAAAUCUGGUAACAGGAGGACAGCCAACAUCAGAAGCAUUGGUUAUUCUGAUCUGUUCUGUUUAUCCAAAGACGAUUUGAUGGAAGCCCUCACUGAAUAUCCUGAUGCCAAAAAGGCGUUGGAAGAGAAAGGGCGGCAAAUUCUGUUGAAAGACAAUUUAAUAGAUGAGGAGGCAGCAAAAGCAGGAGCUGACCCUAAAGACUUGGAAGAAAAAGUGGAAAGACUUGAAAGUGCACUGGACAGUCUACAGACUAGGUUUGCUAGGCUAAUGGCAGAAUACAACUCAGCCCAACUCAAAGUAAAACAGAGACUCACCAAAGUGGAAAACAAAGUGAAGAAAUAUGGAAGUGGCUUCUUAUCUGAUGGAGGGGAAGAGUCUAUAAAACCCGAGGAAGUUGAGAAAAAGAAUUAAUAGUUCAUUUAUAUUCCCUCAUUUAAUCUAGAAUAUUGCAGCCUGUAAAGCCAUAAAUAUAUAUAAGCAUAUUAUAUAUGUGAAAACACACACACUCUUAUUUUUAUAUGGACUCCAAGAGAAUGGUUUUUAGAGUUUUUAAUUAAAGCAAUAUUUUCUUGUAAAUAGGAAAUUGUUACCUUUUAUCUUGUUUUUAGGAGGAGACUUUGGAUUGUCAUUUGGGUCUUUUGUACUUAUGACAUGUUUCUUACAAGUCAUGCUCAGAUUAUCUUUAAUGUGGUAUGUAAAGAUUUUUUCUUGACCAUUUAAUUUUUGUUUAUCUUUUUCCAUGCUCUUAUUGUUAAGGAAAUUAUGUGUAAAGUAUGGAGUCUGCCAGAAUGAGGAGACUGAUCUGUAUAUGUCCACACCCUCUACCUUGGUACGCUAGUAGUCUGCUGAAUACAUGUAGUAAAUCCACACUACCCAUCAAUGCACUUUGCACAUGUGAAAGAACCUGGUUUAAAAGAAAGUCUGUCUUUGCUAUAUAACAUAUCACAUGAUGUAAAAUACCCAGUUAUUUGAAUGCCACAGAUGUUGAAAUGACUCCUGUUUGCUGUACUAUGCUGUGGUCAUUGGACGUCUUUAUAAUGCAAGCAAACGGUGCUUAAUUUACCUUGAAUGAAACUCUAUUAUAGUUUCUCCACUUUGCAACUGUUAUGUUAACUGGAGUGCAUUAACGGUUUCCUAGCCCUGUCCAUUCUGGGAAAAUCCUUGCAUGAAGGGAAGCCCAAAGAGGUUGGCAGUCCUGGCAGCAUGGCUUCAUUAAAGCUGAAAAAAUAUAUAGCGACCCACCCACAAAGCCAUCUGCCUUCAUACUGAGGGCCUGCUCUCCAUCCCCUGGUAUUUCAUCAGGCUUUGGAGGCAGAACUGUGGCAUUUAAUGCAUGGGGGCACCCCCUAUUGCAGAAAAUGUUGUGAGGGAGGAGCAGAUUUUUCUGCUCUGAUUUUCUACACAGAUCUCCAUUUGCAAGUAUUUCUACAGAGGAGGAAGAUCCUGGUUCCUGCUAGGAGGCAUGUCCUGAAAUUCAGCCUAAGAUUUCCUUCCUUUAUCUUAUUACUCCUGGUGAUAAGCCCCUCAUGCCAGCCUAAAGAUUUCCUCUCUCUUCUUGAAAUUUACAGCUUUUAGAUAUCUGUUACCAUGGCUCAUCAUUACUAAGCUAAGACAGACAAAAUUUACUUGUAAUUUUCCUCAAGACAACCCUUUCAGGCUCCUAGUCAUUCUAUUUGCUCCCCCCUUCUAAAAUUGCUCUA